CGAGGCCGGCACCGUGGGACUUCGGAGCCCGCGGGCCGCGAUGCGGGGCAGGCGCUGCAGCCCGCCUGGCCGAGCGGACCGAGCGUCCGUGCCCGAGGGGCGCUCGGGGGAGCCUGAGCGGCGGCUCGGGACGGGGCUGCCCCGCCCCCGGCCGCUCCAAGCCCCGCGGCCAGCCCGGGACCUGCCGCCCCUGCCCGGUCCCCGUCCCGCUGCGCAGCCGCCGAGCUCCCGCCAGCCCCUCGGCUGCCCUUCCCGGCCCCUCACGGCGGCGCCCGGGCUACAAAUGGCGCCCGCCUCGCUCUCCCUGCGAGCGCGGCUCGGCUGCGGGGAGCGCCCGCCUCGGGUCCGCCGAGCCCGCCGCUGCCGGGCCGGGGCCAUGGCAGCGCCCGGCUGCGCCGCCGCCACUUACCGGCUAGGUUCCGCGGGCGGCAGCCGCCGGGCCGGAGAGAGCAGGAGGCGCGAUCCGCGAACCCGCGGGCCGGGCUCUGUGUGGCUUCAAUGCAAGUGGCGGGUCCCGCCGCCCCAAACCCUGGAAGCCCGAGCGCGAGAGAAACAAAAGGCAAUUCACGGGAGCGUUUUAGGACACCAGCGAAAGGCUCCUUUGCUGGAUGUGAACCGGGAGGUCCCUUCAACUUUCAAAAUGAAAUGACAUCUCUUGUUCACAGUUGUAGAGACUGGAUAGCUCUUCCCCCCCCACCCAUUAUAGACUCUCCCUGCAUGGCCUAAGAUUGCAGAGUGGGAGACAAGUCAACUUGUCACUUCAUUUUCUUUUAAGCUAUUUAUUAGAAUGCUUGGGAUACAGAUUGUCAUUGUUUCACUUUCCUUGAAAUGGGAAUUGCAAAUAAUUAUAUGGAUAGAAAUGUUUAUGUUUUCACUGUGUCUUCCAUUAUAAUUCCCGCUGAAAUGUUAUACCCCUCAAGAAAAGCACUGUGACAAAUUACAGCACUGAUUCAGAAAAUCCCACAGGGCCACCAGCAAACCAUCUACUUAAAUCAUACACCUAACAUAUCUAUGGGAAAAGGAACAAUCAUACUAUGUUCUCAUUGUUAGCAUAAUAUUUAUUUAAUUUUUGUUUUGUUCUUUAGCUAGAAAAGAACUGGACUACAUACAACAAUAUAAACAUAUAUAGUACAUAUACAAUUUAACAUACAAUAAAGACAUUCAGUAAUGCACCACUG